GACCAAAGCCUGGGCUAGAACAUCUUUAACCUGCAAAGAUAGAACACCAGUAGAAGGAGAAAGUGCUAUCAACCAAGGCUGCAACAAUGCUUAGGCUAGUUUGUUGUACACUGAUUGUUUUUCUGGCAUUAUUUGGAUGCCAUGUAAAGGGUAAAAGAGCUCAGCGGACCGCUGACAGACCCUUUAAAUCACUGUUAAUUGUGGAUAAUGGACAACGCUGGGGCACCUGGGGUCUUAAAGAAAUGUGUCCAAUGGGAUACUACGCUGCAGGCUUUAGUCUAAAGGUUGCAGGUUACUGGGAAUCUUUGCUAAUUGGUGAUAACACUGCACUAAAUGGAAUCCGUCUUCAUUGUGUUAACUCACUUAAAGGAUCAGGACCAUACACUGACUAUGCCACAGUACAAUCUGAUACUGGAAGCUGGGGUAAAUGGACAGAUAUUCAAUGGUGUAACUCGGGAAUGUUAAAAAGUUUUCAGCUGCGUGUGGAACCUUACCAAGGAACCGCGUGGGACGAUACAGCAGCAAAUAAUAUCAAGUUUAAAUGCAGUGAAAACGAUGCGGAAAUUAAAGGGGCAGGAAUGUCUUGGGGUGACUGGGGUUCAUGGAGUGACUCCUGUACAGGAACUGGCAUCUGUGGAAUCCAGACAAUGGUGGAGGAACCAAAAGGUGUGGGAGACGAUACAGCAUUGAAUGAUGUGCGGCUCUACUGCUGCGAAUAAUUUGUGUGUGUUUGCUGACAUUCUACAAGCAUCUGGACCUAUAGUGAAGGGAUACACACCAUUAUUUCAAAGGGUUUUAUAGUAUUUAAGUUGGUAUUUUGAUGAUAGUGGUGGAGAACACUGUUUAUCACAUUGCUGAAAAAUCUUUCAAAGAUGUUUAACUGGGUUGAAAUCUGGUGACUGGAAAGGCAGUUAAAGUUUUUUCUUAUCUCUCAUCUUGUAUCUUCAGAUAUUUGCAGAUGCUACUAUAAAUUCUGUUCAUUGUUUUCUUCAGAUGUUCUUCUGUAAUAUGCUCAAACCAGUGUGUGAUGAGACAAAAACUAAAAAAUAAACUCAUAAAAGUC